AUGUGUACCAAUCGCGGCUGUCUGUGGUACAAGAAGGACAACAAGUUCAAGAUCCCCAAAGCUUAUAUUCGUUUCAACUUGAUCUCCCCGGUGAUACAGAGGAGCCCAGAGAAUCUUGUUCUGUUCGACAUCUUCGUCAACAUCCUGGCUCACAACCUGGCGGAGCCGGCGUAUGAGGCGGACGUGGCGCAGCUCGAGUACAAGCUGGUGGCCAGCGAGCACGGACUGGUGAUCCGGCUGAAAGGCUUCAACCACAAGCUGCCGCUGCUGUUGACGCUGAUCGUGGAUCACCUGGCGGACUUCAGCGCCGAGCCGGGCGUCUUCACCAUGUUCUCAGAGCAGCUGAAGAAAACCUACUUCAACAUCCUCAUCAAACCGGAGCGACUCGGGAAAUAA